AUGAACACCUUGUUCCCAUGGCUGUCGACAUACUUUGAGUCUCUUAUUCCAGGAUCCUUCGCCCUAGGUUUCAACGCUGGACGAGAAACCUGGACUGACCUCAUCUUGCCGCUUCGAUGA